AUGCGCACCUCUCGCACAGCCAAGGAGACGGCCAGAGUCGUUCAGGCCCUGUCGCCCCCUGGCCGUCGGCAAACACGCAGCUCAUCGGCUCAUGCCAGUGUGCUGCGCAGUUUUGCCUUCAACGGUGGCUCCAAUGCAUCUGCGUCUGCAUCUGCAUCUGUGCCUGCGUCUGCGGAGGCAGUGAGCGACGACGAUGACACGUCGUCGCUGUCAUCGGUUCCAACUGUCGAUAUCGAGGAUAUCUUGGAGCCUCCUGCCAAGCGGCGGAAGAGCGCGUUGAGCGCCCCUUCGGCCCGCGGCUCGCGGACUCGUUCUGCGCGCACGCCUGCAGAUGCUACCCAGACAUCCCUUAAAGUUGAAACCACUGUCAAAGAGGAGGUUUUUGAGAAGCCUGCGGCCAGAUCCCGCCGCGUGCCUGCCCGGAAGGUCAAGGUCGAGGAUGGCACCUACACGGUAGAGCCUCCGUCCAACUGGGAGACCAUCUAUACCACCGUGAAGAAGAUGCGCGAGGACAAUCCGACCGCCCCAGUCGACACUAUGGGCUGCGCUGAGCUCUAUUGGCGCGCGUCGUCGCCUCGAGAUCGCCGCUUCCAGACCCUCAUUGCUCUGAUGCUGUCGUCGCAGACCAAGGAUACGGUGACGGCCGUGGCCAUGCAACGAUUGCACACAGAGCUUGGGGAUGGACCUCCAGUUGUCAUCAAGGCCGAGCCCAACGACGACAACUACGAUAGCAAGGCACUAGAGCCUAUGCAGGACAGCACUCUGAACCUGGAGAAUAUCCUGGCCGUAUCGCCGGAACGGUUGAACGAGCUGAUUCGCACCGUGGGCUUCCAUAACAACAAAACCAAGUAUAUCAAAGCCGCUGCCCUCAUUCUCCGCGAUCAGUAUGACUCCGAUAUCCCGUCGACACCGACUGAGUUGAUGAGCUUGCCGGGGGUCGGGCCGAAGAUGGCAUUCCUGUGUAUGAGUGCUGCUUGGGGCAAGCACGAAGGCAUUGGCGUUGACGUUCACGUGCACCGUAUCACCAACCUCUGGGGAUGGCACAAGACGAAGAAUCCGGAGGAGACUCGUAAGGCUCUGGAAUCGUGGCUGCCAAAGGACAAAUGGCAUGAGAUUAACAAGUUGCUGGUUGGACUGGGGCAGACGGUCUGCUUACCUAUCGGCCGGCGGUGCGGCGACUGUGACCUCGCAGGGACGAAGUUGUGCAAGAGCGAGAUUCGAGGAAUGGCUUCCAAAGUAAAGAAGACGACGGUAUACAAGGCAGAAAGUGGUGAUGCCCCGCAGCCGUUCAAUACUUCGAUCGAUGUUCCGGCCGCGGUUCUCCCUACCUUUGAGGAUGCCUUCUUCACUUUCCUUGAACGUGGAUGGAUGCUUUCUGCGAACGAUCCCGAGAAACAGGUUGCUCAAAGUGAGGUGGUCGUCCCGAAACCACGCAUCACGUUCAUGGAACUCCCGCACGUGGCUCGCGUCAAGAUCCUCGAGUAUGCUGGACUGCUGCGGAACUGUGUGAUAAACAUUCGAUACGAGGCUGUACGCAGAAAGCACAAUGGUGGUGUCUGUCUGAAAGGGGAUCAUCGUCAUUAUAUUGCUCCAAGUCCAGGGAUCUGGAUAGAGCGCGACUGCAAUCACCCGAAACUGCCUGUCGAGCUCUUCAGUAUCUCUCGUGCUACUCGUGAAGAAGCCGGCGCAGUCUUCUUCUCCCGCAAUCGGUUUAACGCACCCCUCUCCAGCAGAGCUGACUACAAUUCCUUUGAAUCCUCGUUUGAAUGGGGACUCCACCGCCUGCGUUACUUGCACUUGGACUUGAGCCCGAGAGAACACCGCUACCUCAAGCUGGCCGGUGGAGUCCACAGGACGUCUCUACGGAUCUGGAUCAGCUUCUGCCUGCUGGCUCAUUCUAAAAUGCACGGCCUGAAGUAUUUUAGUAUGACAUGCAAGGUGCGCGAGCUGGAGGUCGCCCAGAGACUCAUGCGUGAGAUGAAUCCAUUCCCAGUUCUGCUCCAGUGCGCGUUCCACUUUGGUCACAAUUAUGAGGAACACACUCAGAAGGUGAUUCGUCGUGCUGCUUUGAGGGUGACGAAUACUUUGGCAGUCAAGCCUCAGUUUCCGUACUUCCGUCUUCCCCGGGAGAUACAGAUCAUGAUUUUGGAGCUGCUCCUGGUCGACCAUCCAGACCCAUUCCUCCCAAGGGUGGAGAGCUUGAGAGGUGUCAUCUCGCUCCAGGAUCGUAAGAAAGCCAUGCGACCCAGCAGCUUCCUGUCCAUGAAUUGCUGCCUGACCUGCUCUCCUGUUGGGGCGGUUUGUUUCUGCCGUGGCCGUCACACAGCUUUUUCGACCUCCUGCAGCUGCCUUGAGAGCCCGCUCAACUACUUCCUUGUCAGCCGAGACUUCUAUCGGGAUGCCCGCCAGAUAUACUACUCCCGUAACAAAUUCGCAUUCCUGGAUGAAGACCCGGAGUUCAUGCUGCAGUUCCUUCACAAGCUCCCGACCUCAACCACGGAGCUCAUGCGGCACCUGAUUCUCAAGUUUCCGUCCCACUACCGUGGUACUCCUCGCACAGGACCCCGCUCCGACGAAUCGACCCUACUCUGGUGGUCGGUGCUGCGCCGCUUCAUCCGCGAGCACUUCAAGAUCCCGAACCUGUCAUUGACCAUUGUGGAUAUGGGCUGGAAAGGGAUGGUUUCCGGUGAGCCCCGGCGCCGUUACCUGAAGAAGCUGCUAGAUGGGAUGCUCGAGCUUCGAGGGUUGCGUGACUACCGUCUGUAUCUCUCCGAGAACCACGAACUGGCAAAGGACAUGGAAAUGCGGAUGCUGGGGGAGAUCGUAUAUCAGCGGGCUCGCGGAGUGGCGCCCUUCAGUGGUCCGAAGAACUCACAGCAUGCGCAUUGA